UUUAUUUUACCCCAAAACCCACCACCAUGAAGCAAUCUCUGGCAGCGAUCUUAAUUCUGGCGGCAUUCGCUGUGAACGCUCAAGCGGUUACCGUGGACGUUUACUAUGCCCAUCUUUGCCCGGACAGUGUCCGUUGGGUGCAGGAUCAGCUGCUGACAUUGAAUCCGACUCUGCUCAACGCCAUCACCCUUGACUUCAUUCCCUUCGGCAAGGCACAGAGUGUCAACAACGGCCAGAGUUUCAUUUGCCAACAUGGCCCAGCAGAAUGCGAGGGAAACCGCGUACAGUCGUGCGUUCUCAGUCUACUGCCAAGCCAGCAGGCUAAGGUGAACUACGUCGGAUGCCAGAUGAGCUUCACUGCUGACCCACGUGGAUGGGAGUGUGCCUUCCGUUCGGGAGUUAAUCUUAACGCUGCCGAAGCAUGCGUCGAAGGCACGCAGGGAACGACACUUCAGCUGGAAGCGGAACGUCGCACACAACAGAUCUCCCCUGCCUUCAUUCCAACCAUCGUGUUCAACGGCCAAUUUAACCAGGCUCUGCAGGAUCGCUCGCUGACGGACUUUAGUGGCAUCAUUUGCGAGCUUGCUGGACUCUCCGGUGUGGGAUGCUAAGUGCCAAC